CCCACUAUUUCCCCCACCAAAUACUCUCAACAAAUAAAAUAAGCGCCCUACACAAAAAUAUUAAUUCAAUAAUUCCAUUUGGCCGGGAGGAUCCGAUUCGAUUCCAAAUUUCCGAUCCGGUUUUCUAGUGAUGAGCUCCUCCGACUCGUCGUCGGGAGCCAAGCCCUGCGCUUCUCCGGCGGACAAGGACAAGCAGAAGGAGAAGGCGAGAGUGAGCCGGACCUCCCUCAUACUCUGGCACGCUCACCACAACGACGCCGCCGCAGUCCGGAAGCUUCUAGAAGAGGAUCGCGGCCUCGUUCAGGCCAGAGACUACGACAACCGCACUCCUCUCCACGUCGCCUCCCUCCACGGCUGGAUCGACGUCGCCAAGUGCCUUAUCGAGUACGGCGCCGAUGUCAACGCCCAGGAUCGCUGGAAGAACACUCCUCUAGCUGAUGCUGAAGGAGCGAAGAAGCACACCAUGAUUGAGCUCUUGAAAUCGUACGGCGGCUUGUCUUAUGGCCAGAAUGGGAGCCAUUUUGAGCCAAAGCCGGUGGCGCCGCCUCUGCCAAACAAGUGUGAUUGGGAAAUUGAGCCUCCUGAGCUGGACUUCUCCGGCUCGGUUACCAUCGGGAAGGGCUCGUUUGGUGAGAUUUUAAAAGCACAUUGGCGUGGAACACCGGUGGCUGUCAAACGCAUUCUUCCUUCCCUUUCUGGUGAUAGAUUAGUGAUUCAGGACUUCCGGCAUGAAGUUAAUUUGCUGGUGAAGCUUCGCCACCCUAAUAUAGUCCAAUUUCUUGGAGCUGUCACUGAGAAGAAGCCUCUUAUGUUAAUUACAGAGUACUUAAGAGGGGGCGAUCUUCAUCAGUACCUCAAGGAAAAGGGUUCACUUAGUCCUUUGACAGCUGUCAGCUUUGCCUUGGACAUUGCCAGAGGGAUGGCCUAUCUUCACAACGAGCCAAAUGUCAUAAUUCACCGUGACCUAAAACCGAGGAAUGUUCUUUUAGUCAAUUCCAGUGCAGACCAUCUCAAAGUUGGAGAUUUUGGACUAAGCAAGCUCAUUAAGGUUCAAAAUUCCCAUGAUGUGUACAAAAUGACUGGCGAAACUGGAAGUUACCGAUAUAUGGCACCUGAAGUUUUUAAGCACCGGCGAUAUGAUAAGAAGGUUGAUGUGUUCUCCUUUGCAAUGAUACUAUACGAGAUGCUUGAAGGAAAUCCACCACUUUCAAAUUACGAGCCUUAUGACGCAGCCAAAUUUGUGUCUGAAGGACACAGGCCAAUGUUUCAUGGAAAAGGGCACACCCCUGAACUGAAAGAGUUAAUAGAGCAAUGCUGGUCUGCUGACAUGAACCAAAGACCUUCCUUCUUGGAAAUUCUGAAAAAGCUUGAAAAGGUACAUAGAUGAUACUGUACCAAUCAGUUGUAGUCCCAAUGGUGCAGAUGUGGAUUGUGGUGGAUUGUGAAUACGCUAAACAGGGAAAGCUUUCAAUUACUGUUCUACUAUUCCGUUUCAGAUUGUUAUUAUAAGGUGAGGAAGUGACAUCGAUAUUCUUGUCUCUGCAUAACAUGGUGUCUUUCUCUCAACAACCAUAUCCAGAAGAAUCUCAUUGAAAUUUACAAAUAGAGAUUUCAUGUUUUGACUGGAUAAUAUCCUUUCUACAUACAUGUCACUUGUAAUUCGUUUGUACUUAUUUGAUAGUUAUGAUGAGUACUGUAAUAUUUUCGUUUAGCCGAAAAGGCUUUCACUUUGGUCGGUAGGUUUGUUAAACUUCCCUCUAUAACUCUGAGGAGGCCAGUUCAAGGCGGAUUUUCAUGCCUGUAAUGAAGAUUAUGUUUGUGGAAAUCCACAUACGAGAAGAGAACAAAAUGCUUUCUGUAGGGAAUCCAUUGAGGUAUUCAUUUGAUAGAAUCAGGCAUCCAUAAAUAAUGAAGUUAUUGAUUAGCAGA